AUGGGCCUCUGCUUGGCGCCCGCAAUGCUGCUGCUGUUGCUGGGGUCACCCAGCUCGGCCGCACGGAACCGAUGCUUGGACGCGGCCGAGGCGUGCACGGCGGACGCGCGGUGCCAACGGCUGCGCACCGAAUACGUGGCUCAGUGCCUGGGUCGGGCCGCGUCCGGGGGCUGCCCCCGCGCCCGCUGCCGCCGCGCCCUGCGCCGCCUCCUGGCCUUCCAGGCCUCCUGCGCGCCCGCCCCCAGCGCCCCCGACGGCUGCCUGCAGGAUCAGGGCCCCCGCUGCCUGCGCGCCUACGCGGGCCUCGUGGGCACCGCGGUCACUCCCAACUAUGUGGACAACGCGAGCGCGCGCGUGGCGCCCUGGUGCGACUGCGGAGCCAGCGGAAACCGGCGUGAGGAGUGCGAAGCCUUCCGGGGACUCUUCACCAGGAACCGCUGCUUGGAUGGUGCCAUACAGGCCUUUGAUGCUGGGUGGCCUCCAAUCCUGCAGGACCGGCCAGAUGUCCACCAGGACCCUGAGCACAGCCUCCUGCAAGUGUCCUCCGCAGAUGGGCUCCUGGUUGGGAGCUCCCUGCUCUCCAUGCUCCCUGUCCUGGCUCUGCAGCCCCUGCUCUGACUAGGACAGCUGACCUUGGACAACACCACUGUCCCAUCCUGCCUGGGGUACAGGGCCCCAUCUGCACCCUACUGCCCCACUGAAAAUGGACUGGCUUGCCUCCCAAGCUGGUCCCAGUGCUCUUGCCCUGCUGCCCUUUUUAGGUCUGGACACCCUGUGUGCCUGUCCCCUCGAGUGAGGGAUGUGGGUUGAGGGCCUGAUGCAAAGCCCAUAGUUUCCCUUUCAGUGGGUUUCUUGGUUGUAGGUCCCUCUCUCCGCUGACCUUCGAACAGUUGGGUUCUCCCACAGGGUAGGGAUGGGACGGGGUCACCUGUGUAGCUGAGGCUCGCUGGGGCCCCAGAUCACCUAGAAGUCAGAAACCAUCCAAAUUCCCAGAAUUUUAAGAGCUUUUACCAGCUUCCCCAACCAGAACAUGCCCUAAGGAGUACAUCUGAAUAGACUUCAGGUAAAACUGUUUUGGAUGCUGCAGGCUUUCAUGGCACCCUCCCAGGGAGGUACCGCUGGUCAUGAUAGCCACCUAGGCCCCACUGACUAAUGUUGGUAAGGUUCUUCCCAACCAUGAUCCGCUGCUUGGUGGGCACCACCUGGAGUGAGGAUCCAAUCCCCUGUGUUGCACUGGUCACAUGACCAUCUUUCCUAUGGGUUAA